AUGGAAUACAAGCCUCUCCUCCCAGCAUCACCAACCCGUCCUGCUGGCCCGGCUUUCGAUUCUCUACAAGUCAAACUCAGUGCCCUCCAACAAAACUUCUCCCUCCAAACCCUCCUGCUCAUCGGCGCCUGCAUUCAGAGCCUCCUCUUCCUUCUCCCAAUCCCCAGAUUCUACUCAGUCGGCCCAGCUGUCGCUCUUCUCCUCUUCCGCAUCAUCAAAACCUUCCUCAUCACCUACAACAUCAUCCCUAACCCUUACAUGACAAACGCCAUCCUCCAGAAAUCCACCGCUCAACCCCGUGAUCUUAAUGGAAACUUCACCGGCCCGGGAAAGCAGAAGGUCGCAGUUAUGUUCCUGGGAGCGAAGAGCAAUCAUCCACUCGGUGUAUUCGAGCCGGGCUUUGCGAGGGUAGGGGGAUUUUUGAAGAAAAUGACGGAGGAGUUGAAUGGUGCUGAGACGCAAGAUUCUGGAUUCCUCGGCCAGUCAGCAACAACUCGCACGGACGCCAACGGCACCACCGAACGGAUCUUGAUCUCCUAUUGGCGCUCCCUCCAGGACAUCCACAACUUCGCCUACGGCCCGACCCAUCUCGCCGCCUGGCGCUGGUGGAACUCAAGUCUCAAAUCUUUGGAUCAUGUCGGCAUCAUGCACGAGGUAUACGAAGCUGAUGCUGGGAUGUGGGAGGGUCUGUACGUUAAUUUUCAGCCGACGCUGCUGGGCAGCACCACCUACCUGAAGAAAGAUGGGAAGCUGGUUGGUGGCGAGGUGGGAGACGAGUGGGUUAGCCCGCUGCUGGAUGCGAACCGAGGAAAGUUGAGGACGAGUAAUGGGCGGAGGGGACUCAUGGACAAGAAGGCGAAUUUGGACGCCGUUUAUGGGGAGAGGGCUGUUGAGAGCUACGAGACGAUUUGA